UGCAAGGAAGGUGUCGGCAUACGUCAUGGCGGCUAGACGCCUCUUUGGAGUUGCCGGCCGGCUGUGGCUCGGCUGCUGGCCCAGAGAACUACCGGAGCCCGCCGAUCCGAGGAGACUCGUCGCGCGCGGUUAUGCCAAGAGACCGGUCAUGAAAGGAGCCAAGGGUGGCAAAGGCAGUGCCCCAAUCCAGGAUCUGAAGGACCCGGAUGUGUGCAAGGACCCAGUUCUGCUGACCACACAUGCCAUGGGCGUCAACAUCUACAAGGGGGGUGAGGAUGUGCCCCUGAAACCUGACUCUGAGUAUCCUGAAUGGCUGUUCCAGAUGAACCUGGGCCCCCCAAAGACGCUGGAGGAGUUGGACCCUGAGUCUCGGGAGUACUGGCGGCUGCUGAGGAAACAAAACAUCUGGAGAAACAACCGGCUAAGCAAGGGGCAGAAGUUUUAGCAGCUGUCUGGACUCUGACUCCUCGAAGGAUGCUUCCUGAUCAGCUAGCUACUUGGGGUGUCUGCUGGCCUUCCUCCUGCCUGGGAUUCUUUCAGCUGCCUUGAUUCUUCAGGGGACUUCUUUCUGGAGAUUCAAGGCCCAGCUCUCCCAAGCAGUAAAAAAAAUUUUGUGAACUUCAGGAACUAACUUCUUUAGGCUUCACUAGUUUAAGGCACGGCUGGAUCCAGGUCCUUCAGCAGAUAGCCAUAUGAUUCUCCAUCUCUGGAUCUAUGUUACUGAGAUGCCAGUGGGCCGAACC